UGACCAUCCCGUCUUGUGGAAGGAAGCGGAAAUAAACGUCGCCAAGCUUGUGCUAACAGCUCGAGUCGGGCUCCGAGGACAGGCUUGAAGCGAUACAUGACACACAUCGGGGGGAUUUUUUUUUUUUUCCUGUCACCAGAACCGAGAACGAGGAGCGGGUAACGACGCGAUAGGGAUUUCUUUGUUACGGUGAUAACGUCGACGGGGACGACAUCGAGUGGAACCACGCUGCGACCUUUAUGUAAGGUCAAAGCCCUAAAGCAACGGGUCACAGACGGGAGGAGCGACUCGGGGAGAAAAGCAUCUGGCCGCAGACGCUGGGAUAAACUGUGUUUUUAUUUUAUUUUUUUUUUAUUCAGUCUCAGAAUCCCAACUUGAACCAAAACGUUAUCUCGCACGCACGCCAUGGAGGCCAUUGCCAAAUACGAUUUCAACGCAACUGCUGAAGAUGAGCUUAGCUUUAAGCGGGGAGAGGUCCUUAAGGUAUUAAAUGAAGAGUGUGAUCAGAACUGGUACAAGGCAGAACUAAAUGGAAAAGAUGGCUUCAUUCCCAAGAAUUACAUUGAGAUGAAAGCCCAUCCGUGGUUCUUUGGGAAGAUCCCUCGGGCCAAAGCCGAGGAGAUGCUCAACAAACAAAGGCACGACGGUGCUUUCCUCAUCAGAGAGAGUGAGAGCGCACCGGGUGACUUCUCCCUCUCUGUCAAGUUUGGGAACGAUGUGCAGCACUUCAAGGUUCUCCGUGACGGCGCUGGGAAGUAUUUCCUGUGGGUGGUGAAGUUUAACUCCCUAAAUGAGCUGGUGGAUUACCAUCGCUCCACUUCAGUCUCCCGUAAUCAACAAAUCUUUUUGCGAGACAUCGAGCAGGUCCACCAGCAUCCCACAUACGUGCAGGCACUCUUUGACUUCGACCCCCAGGAGGAAGGAGAGUUGGGUUUCCGACGAGGCGACUUCAUCCAAGUCCUGGACAACUCUGACCCCAACUGGUGGAAAGGUGGUUGCCACAGCCAAACGGGCAUGUUCCCGCGCAACUACGUCACGCCGGUUAAUCGGAACAUGUGAAACAGUCCACCCAUGUAAAACGGCCCGUGCACCACCACCACCAUCGUCAUCGUCAUCAUCAUUCUAGAUGUCAUCAGUCCCUCCACCUUCAUCUGAUCCCCCACAACCCCUCCCCUAUUCCUCUUCGCCAAGCCCACAAUAGCAGGAGCAGAGAGGAAGAAUGCAAACGAGUAAAAAGUGAGAGAGAGAGAGAGAGAGAGAGAGAGAGAGAGAGAGAAAGAGAGAAGACAGGAAUGCUGUGGUAGGUGGCGCUUUGUGGUGUGUGGCAGCUGAGCAAAAUCCACCUCGACUUGCACCGGGACUGUGAAUACCUCGGUGAGUAUUGGAACUGCCUUUGAGGGAAAGAGAGAACCAAACGAUUCGACAUCCAGAGCAGCUUCUGUCUUCUCCUUAACUUCUUAACAUUCUGCCGACUUGUUUGCUUUUGCCGCAUGUUCUUUUAUCUGUUUUAAAUGAAAAAAAGACAGAAAAAUAUAUAUUAAAAUGUUUUUGUUUCGUCUUUUUUUUUUUAAACCUAAUGCCAUAUACAGGAAGUUUUCAUGUCUACGAUGAUUGGCUCGUGAGCAUUGUACAUCAGCCGCUGGCUGUAUAAAUAAAUCAACUAUAGAGAGAAUCCAUUUUUUAAGAAUAUAUAUUAUAUAUUUUUAUGUGUUUGUCUGUAUUAGCUCUCAUCACAAAUUUUGUAAAUUAUGUUCAGUGGUUUGUUCGUUCGGAUAAGACCUGGUAGCUCUAGAAUGUGCUGGAUUGUCCUUCAAGUUUCUAUUUGAGAGGUCUCGGAUAACACGCGACAGCAUAUUUCCUCUUGUUCCUCGCACAAGGGAAGUCCACUUAGCAUCGGGAGAAGAGACCAAUCGUACGGGGGAGCUCAUGCUGUCGAGCAGCAAUUGUACGCAGCCGUGAAUGCAAGCCAUGUAUGACAUCACCCCCCGCCCCCACCACCCCCAAAAGGAAAUGUAUUUUUCACAGCCAUUUGAAUGUAGCUGGCUGAGUUUGCGGAAGCAGGCUCGGUAAAGUGAAGAACGCAGCCGUGCAAGGGAAAACGCGCUGUACUGUUUCCCUACAUUCGCUCAUCAUCACAUGUGCAGUACAGCUAGCUAACGUACGUACAUUGCUAAAUGCUUUCCUCGUUCAUACGUGCGCAUAGCAUGGAGGCUGAUAUUGGAUAAUCACGCGUAAUCGCCAGUCUGCACCUGGCAUACACAAACACUUCCCAAAAUUGAGAUUGUCUUUUUUUUUUUUGUUGUUGUUGUUGCUGUUCUUCAGAUGACCGAUCAGCUUAAGUGAUAUUAAAGAUUUUUGUUUUAGAUUUUGUCAAAUGUGGUGUUGAGCACUUUUUUUUUUUUUUUAAGUCAAAGACUUUCCGUUCUGGUCCAGUGAGUCAGUUUUUUUUUUUUUUUUUUUUUUUUUUUUUUUUUGUCGGUUUCUUGCUCUCUCUGGAUAGUGCCUUUCUCGCUGGUGUUUUAGCAUCUCCGACCCCCGCCCUCAUUGGGCCUGCCAGUCCUGCAGUGAGAAACGGUGUACAUAACCUAACCUGUCCCACCACCCCCUCCCACAUCAACUCACCUUCACCUUAGUCGCCACCUAUAUGGAACUCUUAUUUAAGUGUCUCUUGCCUUGUCUUACCUAACGAUACUGUCUUGGUUUUGCUUUUUUUUUCUCCCCAGUUUUUUUGUUUUUCGUUUUCAAUUAAUAAAAUGCAAUUAUUAAAAAAAAAAAGGGGGAUUGGUGUGUAUUAUUUGCAACCAGCGAUAGAGCCAGCAGGGCAUUCUCUGCUGGCCUAAUUUAUCCAAAGCGCAGAAAUACAAAUACACCUGUAAAUCUGAUAGUUACUGUAUAUGAAAUUGUAUUCAUUUAUUCCCAGCCAUCUAUUUUCUUUGUUUUGUUUCUUUUUGCUGUAUCUGUGUGUAUGUUGAGGUUGUAGUUUUUGUCCAAUUACAUUUCAGCAUUUGCACUGCCAUGAGAAAGUAGUGACCCCCUUCUCAAAUCGUUAUAUUUUUGUGUAGUUCCCAACUAUUUUUUUUCAGAAACUCAAACAAAUGUAAGUAUAAAAUAUAAUCCAAGUGAACCUAAGCGUUUCUUUUGUGAUUUCAUUUAAGAGAAAAACCUUCCCUGGCCCUGUGUGUAAAAGUAAUUACACCCCUUUGUUAAAUCAUGACUUGUCCUAAUCAGAAUUUUUGCUUGAUUUUCACUCAUUACACCCAAACCUGAUUACCUCCUGCGGUGAUCAUUCGAUAAUUCACUUAAUCUGUCUCAAUAAAAAUUUAAAAGAUGACAAUGAUGUAAAUAUG